UUUGAUUUCACUUUGAAAAAUAAUUGAUGAAGAAGUAAGUAAAUUGUACAGCCCAAAGCCCACCCAAAGGCCGAAACGUUGACUUAGUCUUAACUACUUUUUAUCUCUCUCGAAAAUGGCUUAAUACUUUAUGAAAUUCAUGUAACACCCCCUCAAUGUGGAUUCAAUUGAUCUCAAACAAACUAUUUCCGUCAAAAACCAAAUUAUUGCUCUCCUUUUUCUUCUUCUUGAUAUUUGGUUAAAGCGUAAUAUAAAACCCUCUCCCUCCCGCUCUCCUCCCGUCUCCAAAACAAGAUCAUCUUUUGGUUCCAAGACUCUCUCUCUCUGACUUCUCAUCUCCCGCCGUGUCACCGCCUCUGAGUCACCAUCUCCGGCCACUGUGAGUUCUCUCGCUCCCUCGUUUGUGUUUAAUCGCUGCAACAUUUAGCAACUUCCGGAUAAUCAGUGAGAAUCCAUGGAUUCUUCUUCCGCAAACAUUCUAGGGUUUCCUUUCUAGCGCGCGUUGUAAAUUUUAUCUCUUUUCUCGGACUCGCGAACUGAUUCUUGGUAUCGUUUCCAGUUUCUUGAAUUCCUCCUUGAUCGUUCUUGAUGAUUAUUGUCGUUGUCUUGCAUAUCUCAUCGUUUUAGUCUUCUCUAGACUCAAUCAUGACCUUGUGAGAGUAGUCUCCAGAUUGGUGGAAGAUGGGAAGAGUGUUCGUGAUAGAACUCGAGGGAGCAGUGUAUACAUGCAAAAAGUGCCACACACAUCUCGCACUCCCCAGUGAUAUCAUCUCUAAGGUGAUCGACGUUUUCUCACACUUACAUCUCAUCUUUAACUUGACACUGCAUUUUGACAUGCCUCUCAUGUUUUCUUUUCAGAAUGGUCGUCACGAAUAUGAGUUCUCUAAACUCUUCAAUACAUUUCUGGCUGAAAGAACGGUGAAAGAGAUCUUUUGUGUCGUUUGUUCCAAUGAGAUCGGCAUUUAUGGCGUAACUGAUCCAAAUACUUACUGGGUUAUGAGGGCCGAACUCCAUGGACCGGAAGGAAGCGAUGAUGAGGUUUAGGAGUUGGUAUGUGUCAAGAAAAAAAAAAGACAACUUGAAGUAGAAGUAUAUGUUCUUCAAUUUCAUAUUACUUUGUAUAGCGUGUGAAAAGUCCCAAGAACAAAUCACAUAUUCUUCCUUUUGUGGUUUUGAUGACAUGUGUAAUAAGUUCUUUACUUUACACUUCUUCUAUGUGUACAAUGAAAUUAGCUAUCACUAGUGACAUGUGAACUGAGUCAUCUAUUUGGCUUUUUUGCGUUAUUAUUUUGUCUGGCACAUUCUGUUUUUCUUCUUCUGAGAUCGUCAGGUUCAUUGAUAGCAAAGGAGGAGAAUUAGACUGAAAUACAGAGGUGUAUAAUUUAUUAGGCAUAUUGUGUUCUUCUGAUCUUUAGUGGUACUAGACCAAAUUUGACCUUCAUAGGCAUAUUGUGUUCUUCUGAUCGCGUCGACGUUAUAUCCAUUUCCUCUCAACGCGAAAUGGACAUUUGACCUUCAUAGGCAUAUUGUGUUCUUCUGAUCCUUAGUGGUACUAGACCAAAUUUGUAAACACGGUUUGGAGUAGGGUGAACCCCGCCUCCAAAACAAUAGAAAAGAACAAGAAAAACAUGAUUUCAUACUAAAGAACAUAAUUAAGACCUUUAAACAUCCAUCUUUUAUAAAAAAAAAAAAAAGACUGAGUGAAUUUACCCCAAAAAUUGCGAUUAGAAUCUAUGCCUUAUUCGAAAAUGGUUGAAUUUUCUCUAAAUAAAAGUUCAUUCUAAUUAAAAAAUAAUAAUAGCUAUGUCUAUUUUUCAUCUAAUGGUGAAUUUAUCUUCUUCAUUUUUCAAUAAAAAUCCAAGAUAAAAGUAGAAAGUAAAAUGAUAAUCAUAUGUAAAUGGUAAUUGGCUUUCCAUUCAGUUAUGCUUCUUCUCCACAUUCUUAGCGAUUAAUGCAGUAAUUUGCCUUUGAUCAGCAGGGCCAGUGUUCAGCUGGACGUGAUUCAUCAUUUUUGGAGCGUUUUCUAAGUUCGGUUUUCUUUUAUUAGUCUGAGCUCAUUUCAAUACCAUUUUUAAUCCUAUCUUAAUCAAAACUCAAAAAACUAAAGGCCCUUACUGAAGUCAUUUGAUUUCAGUUUGAAAGAUAAUCGAUAAAGAAUUUGAAGUCGUAAAGCCCAAUUGAUAAGUUGGAUAUACGUAAAAUCUAUUCAAAGCCCACCCAAAUGGCGAAACCUUGACUAGUCUUAAUCUUAACUACUUUUUACCAUCUCUCGAAAAUGUCUUAAUACUUUAUAUACUUAAGUAACGCCCCCUCGAUGUGGAUCCAAUUGAUCUCAAAACAAAUUAUUUCCGGAAUAAACCGAAUGAUGAUAUUUGUUUAAAACGUAAUAUAAAAACGCUCUCCCUCCCGCUCUCACGGACUCCAAAGCAAAAGGCUCCAAGAAUCUCUCCGACUUCUCAUCUUCCGCCUGUGUCACCGUCGCUGCAUCACCAUCUCCGGCCACCGUGAGUUCUCUCUCUUUCUCUCCCCCGUAAUCUCUCACUCUUUCGCGGUUAGUCGUUGCAAUAUUAAGCAUUUUUCCUCUGUUAAACUCGUUGAAAAGAAUCGCAUUGUCACUGAGAAUCCAUGGAGAAUCAUUGUCUUCAACAUUUGUAGCUUUUAUCUCUUUUCUUGGAAACCGCGAACUGGUUCUUGGUACCGUGUUCGAUUUUCUUGAUGAUUGUUCUUUUGUCUAGUCUUCUUCCUUGUUUCAGUUAUCGUUUUAAACCUUCUCUAGACUCAAUCACAAUCAGGUUGGUGGAGAUGGGAAGAAUGUUCGAGAUAGAACUCGAGGGACCCUUCUACACAUGCAUAAAGUGCCACACACAUCUCGGACUCCCCAAUGAUAUCAUCUCUAAGGAGAUUGAUCAGGUUUUUUUUUCAAACUUACAUUCAUCUUUAACUUGAAACGUACUGCCUUUGACAUGCCUCUGAUGUUUUAUUUUCAGUUUGGUCGUUACGAAUAUGAGUUCACUAGACUGUAAGUAUAUAUAUGCUUCCCAGUUAUUUCAUGUUGCUUGAUGAGAAUUUUAACCAAAUAUAUAUAACCUUAAUUUUGGUGGCAGCUUCAAUACAUUUCUGGGUGAAAGACCGUUCAAUUCUGCUGUGAAAGAUAUCUUUUGUGUCGGUUGUUCCAAUAUCAUCGGCAUUUAUGGCGUAAGAAAAGACCCCCUAAGACAAUUCAAUUCUUCAAUUUUAUACUGUGUGUUAAUGCUUUUGUGGUUUCUUUCUCACAGGUAACUGGGGGUUCUUACUGGGUUUUGAGGUAAAUGUGACAUUUUUUUUCUUUGUUAAAUCCUUUAUAUUGUAUUUAGGAAUGGUUUCAUUAAUACAAAAAUGUAGGAACGAACUCCAUGGACCGGAAGGAAGCGAUGAUGAGGUUUAGGAGUUGGUAUGUGUUCAAGAAAAAAAAAAGACAAUUUGAAGUAGAAGUAUAUGUUCUUCAAUUUCAUAUUACUCAUUUACUUUGUAUAGUGUGUGAAUAGUUUCAUGAUUAGAU